ACCCAAGCAGCCACUCACUCUCCGGUUAUCACUGACACAGCAACCAAGCUCGAUACGAGAAAAAUGGAAGCCAUUGCGGCCUCGGCGAAGCCCACCCUCCGCGUGGCCGCUCUCAGCGGCUCCCUCCGCAACAACUCGUGGCACCACGGCCUCAUCCGUGCCGCCGAGGAGCUGUGCGAGGAGUGCAUGCCUGGGCUGCGCAUCGACCACGUCGACAUCUCCGGCCUGCCCAUGGCCAACCCGGACCUGGAGACCGACGGCGGCAACGGCUUCCCGCAGGCCGUCGAGGCCUUCCGCGACAGGAUCAGCGCCGCCGACUGCUUCCUCUUUGCCUCGCCCGAGUACAACUACUCCGUCACCGGCUCGCUCAAGAACGCGCUGGACUGGGCGUCCAGAGGCACGCACAAGUGCUGGGCGGACAAGGCGGCGGCGAUCGUCUGCGCGGGGGGCGACUUCGGCGGGGGCAGGGCGUCGCUCCACCUGCGCGAGAUCGGGAUAUACCUGGACCUGCACUUCAUCAACAAGCCGGAGCUCCACAUCAGGGCGUACGAGGACCCGCCCAAGUUCGACGGCGAGGGGAACCUCAUCGACGCCCAAGCCAGGGAGCGGCUCAAGAAGGUGCUCCUCUCGCUGCAGGCCUUCACGCUCAGGCUGCAACGCACGGAGAAUUGACUCAAGAUCGAAUAAAUUUGGCACCAAAGCAUCCUAAAUAAUCUGCAUUUCAGCUCAGAUGUUCACUUUUAGUUUGGGCUAUGGCCCUGGUUUCGUUAGUCUGAGCAAUUUUACUUCGUAUUCGUGUAAUUGUAUUUUGUACUUCCAUGAAAUAAAAAGAAGAUGCUGCUACUGUAAGCAGCC